UUUAAGUAAUAUUUGGUGAGGCAUAUAAGUCCACUUGUUAGAUUCUAAAGUUAUUAUUUUGAAGUAUCAAAAUGGAGAAAAAUGGCAACUGUUCUCCAGGAAAGUAAAUCGCUUCAAGAUAGAAUAAGCGCCCUGCAAAUACAGUUAGCAGCCGCCAACGAAGAGCAAAGAAAACAUGUUUUUAAUCUCCCUUUACCUGAAUCCAGAUUAUUUAAAUCAAAUUUCAAAGUAGAAGAUUUUUCAUCUUACAGCAAUCAUGACGAAGAGUUGCCUGCACCACGAUCUGAAAGACCGAAAAUGAAUCUUACAUUCUCCAAUGAAAAGAGAAAAAGUGCAAGAACAGUAGCUAUAGAACAAGAGUUAUCAGAACUAAUUAAAAAGUCAUCUAUACUUAAUAUUGAUGGAAAGAAAUAUCCAUUUACGAUUGAUGACUUAGUUUAUAUUGAAGAAAUUGGCUCAGGAACAUGUGGUGUUGUAAAUAAAAUGUAUCAUAAAGAGAGUAAAACCAUAAUGGCAGUAAAGAUGAUGAGUAGAACACCUAUAAUGGAAGAGCAGAAAAGGAUUCUUAUGGAUCUUGAUGUUAUCACAAAGUGCAAUGAUUGUUCAUACAUAGUUAACUGUUUUGGGCUUUUUAUUUCACAGUCAGACGUUUAUGUAUGCAUGGAGCUGAUGGGAACUUGCUUAGAAAAACUUUUGAAAACAACACGAACUCCUGUACCUGAACCUAUUCUUGGCAAAGUUGCAUAUUCAGUGGUUAAAGCUUUACAAUACUUGAAACAAGUCCACGGUGUUAUGCACAGAGAUGUUAAACCAUCAAAUAUUCUAUUAGAUGAUAAAGGUAAUGUAAAACUUUGUGAUUUUGGAAUCAGUGGACGCUUAGUUGAUUCAAAAGCUAAAACUAAAGGUGCUGGAUGUGCUGCUUAUAUGGCGCCUGAACGAGUUGAACCACCUGACCCACUAAAUCCAGAUUAUGAUGUGCGAGCAGACGUUUGGUCACUUGGAAUUUCAUUGGUUGAACUAGCUACUGGAUUUUUCCCAUAUCGUGGAUGUCGCAAUGAAUUUGAAGUGCUUAUGAAAAUAAUGCAUGAUCCAUCGCCUUCUCUUCCUAAGGAUGGCUUUUCUGAAGAAUUUCAGUCGUUUAUUAAUUUGUGUCUUGAAAAAGAUCUGAAAAAGCGUCCAAAGUUUGAUUUAUUACUUGAGCACCCAUUUCUAGUUCGCUACGAAAAAGAAGUUGUAGAUGUGGCUGGAUGGUAUUCGAACAUCAAUUCUUAUGUUUAAGAUUCAAUUGUUUUGGAAUUUUACACGGAUAAAAAUAAAUAAGUUUUAAAUAUGUAACUGAUAUUUGUGUCGAUAUUUUGAAUUAAGCAUCAUUUAUAUUUAAAAGUGUUUUAAUAGAUUGCAUUUUAUAUCUUAUAAACAUUAAUUUGUAUACCUAUUUAAGAAUACAUUUUCUGACUUA